AUGAUGAAUAAUAUUAAUAAUCUUAAAAAAAAGGGUAAUGCCAGCCCAAAGAAGAAUUGGUUUUCAAACAGAGUUCAUUCGGCAUUGAGUUCAAUCGUCAAGAAAAGAGAAAGUCUAUCAAUAGAAACAAUCAAGUAUUUGCGAACUAAGCUUCAGAAUAAUAGUCAGCACAAGAACAAAAGAAAUGAUGGAGUAAGUUCAUCAAAAUUAAACUUAGAUAGAAGUUCAAUGAUCAGAGAUAAUACUGUCAAUGGUAGUUCAGCAGAAGAAAGAAAAUUAUACACCACAAACAUUUCGAAAGAUAAAAAAGAUUUAGAUAAUAGUCUUUCUGAUCUAAGUAAAUUAAUGAUUGAGUUGAAAAAAGGAUGGGUUUCAAUGGAGAAUGACCCAAAAUAUUCACCUGAAAAUUUAAAAGAGUAUAUGUGUCAUUUAUACUGGAUUCAUAAACAAGAUACAAACACUUUGGUAUUUAUGGGUGAUUAUAAUAACAACAACGAUAGUGAACUAAACAAACAACUGUCAACUCCUGAUAGUUUUAUUAGUGCAAUGUUAAGAGACAAUGGAAAGCUAUUCAUAUCAUCCAAAAGAGAUCAACCAAUCGACACACUUGAGUUCAUACUUGAAUCCAUUGAAAAAGGUUAUCUUGUGGGUGGUGAUAUUUUGGUGUUGGACCACAAUGUAAUUUAUGGUGGUGAAGAAACUUUGAAAUAUAUUCUUUUUGCUCUGGGUAUUGCCAAUAUAUCUAUCAGAUUCUUACCAAUUAACUCACCAGAACUGAAUCCAAUUGAAAGCUUAUUCAAUGAUGUCAAGACUAAAAGUAUCGAAUAUAGCAAUUGGCAAGAGGUAUUCGAUAUUUCUACGAUCAAGGGUCUCUUUACAAGAUCAAUGAAUCCAUGGGAUAAUAAUGAUCAAUCUUGGAGAUAUUUAGAAAAUCUAUUGAUCAAUACAAUCAAGUCAGCCAUCGGUGAUCAAAAUAAUCCUAAUUAA